CGAACAUACCCGAGUAUACUGCUGUGUCUGCUGCGGAUACAAGGGCAGCAGCACAGGGUAGGGCCCGGCCUGGAUGUGCAGUGGAUACACAGAGAUCAACAUCCCCGUUUUUUGAGUCGUAAUGGGUGUCCUAUGGAGAUGCAUAUGGCAUAUUUUGUGGAUGCACGCCUUUUCACCCACGCCAGCCCAUCUGUGCUCUGUGAUCGCUGUCUGAUGAGACCAAUACGAGGCUGUGACUGUUUUGCAGCAUCUUCAGCAUAAACAAAUUGUUGCGCCACAUGCAUCGUUUCUCUAAUCUCAGCCCUUGACUCUGAACCUGCCGGCGCAGAUUUCUAAUCACAAUAAUUAUCAGCAUAUCUGCAGGGGAGAGCCAUGCUGACCAGCAUCAUUGAAGGGAUACUCUGCUGCCUGACUGGUAAGGCUGCCAGGCUGGUUUUGCCCCUGGAGUCAUCAGAACCCUCUGAUGGGUUUGAGUUUGUGGAGGUGAAACCUGGGAGAGUCCUGCGAGUGCGGCACAUCGUCCCUGAGCGUCAGACCAUAGUGACAGAAGAGCAAUAUCCAGGCAAAGAGAAGACAGUUUGCAAUAACACUGAUGACGGCUCUCCUGAGAAUAAUGAGCACAAUACUGGCAGCAGUGUCCACUGCAAGAGGAAGAUCACAGUCUUUCGCGACGGCCAAAUGGUGAUUAAGAAUCUUGGUGAUGUUUUACACUCUGAGAUCCUGCAGUGUCAGGACGGGGAUUUGGAGCCCAGAAGCACUGUGGAGGUGGAGCUGGCUGACUAUAAAGAAAUGGCUUCUUCUCCAGACCCCAGCCAUUUUCCUCCACCUCCUGGGGAACAGAAACCUGCUCCACCUCCUCGCCGUCAUUGCCGCAAGCCCAAGCGCACAGUGUUUAUCAACUCAAAGAGGGUCAUCUCAAGCUGCAAAGGGAUGGACACAGACGUUGCGCUGUUCUUUGUGCACGGCGUGGGAGGCUCUCUGGACAUUUGGGGCUCUCAGCUGGACUUCUUCUCUCGGCUGGGCUAUGAGGUCAUUGCGCCAGAUCUGGCAGGGCAUGGAGCCAGCACUGCCCCACAGAUUGCAGCAGCUUAUACAUUCUAUGCCCUGGCAGAGGAUCUACGUGCCAUCUUUAAGAGAUAUGCCCGCAAACGCAACAUUCUCAUUGGCCACUCAUAUGGGGUGUCAUUUUGCACCUUCCUGGCCCAUGAAUAUCCUGAUUUAGUCCAUAAGGUGGUGAUGAUCAAUGGAGGGGCACCCACAGCUCUGGAGCCCAGCCUCUGCUCCAUUUUCCAGCUGCCAUCUUGUGUCCUUCACUGUCUGUCUCCCUGUCUGGCAUGGAGCUUUCUCAAAGCAGGGUUUGCCCGUCAAGGCACCAAAGAAAAGCAACUGCUGAAGCAGGGCAAUGCCUUCAACGUGUCUCCAUUUGUCCUACGAGCCAUGAUGAGUGGCCAGUACUGGCCUGAAGGGGAUGAGGUCUACCAUGCUGAACUCACUGUUCCCAUCCUUCUAGUUCAUGGCAUGUGUGACAAGUUUGUGUCCAUGGAUGAGGACCAGCGUAUGGCAGAGAUCCUCAUGUUCGCAUUCCUAAAAGUCAUCGAGGAAGGCAGUCACAUGGUCAUGAUGGAGUGUCCCGACACUGUCAACACCCUGCUCCAUGAGUUCUUCCUAUGGGAGCCCGACAUGUCCAAGAAAGAAAGCAACAAGAAAGACACAGAGAAGACAGUUGCUAUCAGUGACACUCUCAACACACUGAAAAUCAAAAAGUCUAUGGAUAAAUAACCAACAAGGAGACUAGUUUUAACACUGAACCAAACAGAAGGCCUUUUUUGGCAGUUGGCAUGUGUUCUUAAGGCUGCUUCUCAGGCUGACAGCUGUUAUAUGCAGGGCCACAUCUUAAGGAUGUGGGCGGCCACUGGUGCUGAAAGAUAAAGCUAGACCUAGGGCAGGAUGCAAACUAGAGAACGAUGGAACAAAUAUGCAGUGGGUUUCUGCUUUGUUUUUUGAUACAAGUCUGUGCUCCAUCAUGUUAUGUCUGCAAAGAUACCUAAUGUGAUAUGUGUAUGAAAUGUUUCUGAUGAAGAACUAACUACUACAAGAUAGAAAAGGGAUAAUAUCCAAUAAUUCCCUUGACCUUCUCUGAGAUAUUUUGUGAAGUACUACAACCCUCCAGUAUGCCUUUAUGAAAAAAAAAAUCACCUUCACGUUGGGCCAUUCUCUGCUUUCAGUGAGAACCUGGAAAAGAAAUAUGUACUGGGUUGAGGAAUUACAGAUGUCAUAAUGAUGACAUAGAAAGGAUAAUAAUAAUGGUUAAUUAAGGAAAUGGGUGAAAGCAGGGAUGUGCUGAUGUACAUGCAAAAUUUAAUCAACAAUUGCAUAAAAUGCAAACAUGAAUUACAUUUUUCUUGAAAAACAAAAAAACACCAAAAAAAAAUUACACUUCACCUGCAUACCUAUUUAUGACGUUUAUAUUGUGCAGUCUGUACCAUCUGAAACAUGAUCACUCACAAUCACAGAUAUUGGUUUAUUUAUUUCCAAAUUACAAUGUAAUUAUUUUCAUAGAAUGGACCCCUAAUUUCAAACAUCUUCCCAAAAAGUGUGACUAUGUUAAGCACAAUGUAAUCAAUCACAUAAAUUCUAGUUGCAUGAUAAUUAAUUGAUAUUCAACAAGGGAUUUGUAUAAAAUGGUUGCAAACGCAGAUGUUACAAACAUGGAUGCCUAAUGGAUCUCCUUCUCUAGUGGUAGCAGCCGUUUCUUCAAAACUACAUAAUAUCCAAAGGAUACAAGGUACUGACGCCCUGCACAAGUUCAGAAAAUCAGUGUAAGGGUUGAUUCAGAUACUUUAAGAAUACUGUCAUAUUGAAAAACUACCAGUGCACUCCUCACUAAUCAAUUAAGUGUUCUUCUAAAAAGUAUUAUUUUUGCCUUUAUUCUGAAACAGCAACUGCCAUAACAACUGUGGUUAUAAUGACCGCUUUAAGCUGUUGUGUCUCAUAGCUGAUAAAUACAAACAAAUGUGUGUGCUCCCCUUUUCCGCUCCAGUCCGCCCUAUUUAUCGAAUAGUGUUAGACUGAAAGAAUGAGUUUAAUAUUAUGCUCAAUGAAAGACAUUCAUUCGUGGGUGUUGCUUUGUCUCAUAGUGGGACAGUAAGGUGCAAAUAAAAGCACAGUCUAUGCUCCCUGACAGUGCUUCUCUAAUGACUUAAUAGUUCAUACUGUUUUUAAUAGCAGAAUGUGUCAAUUAUUGAAUUUGAAACUGGAUUUCUAGGGAAUGAAAUGAAUCGGACAAAGGAAAGAGUCAUCUUAAAAAGAGGGACUCAAUCCUGGCUGUUAUAUAUGCAUUUUGACAGAAGGCUGAUGCAACAUGAGUGGAAUUAUGCAAAUGGAACAAAUAGAGAGAAACUGAAAUGAAAUGAUGAAAUUAGAUAAACUGAUGGCUCGAAAACAUUAUAUAUUCUCUAUGGACUUUCCAAAAAACCAAGUGCUGCUGAUGCAACAUACUGUAUGCUUCCUUUGGUGUAAUAGGUCAGUAAAACUGUAUGGGCUACAGGGUGCAUAUUUAUGUCCUCUUGCAUAUACAAAUUGUCAGUGCUCAUGUGUUUUAUCUUUUUCUCGUUGACAAAAUGUGCUAAUGUUAUUCUUGCAUUUGUUCAUGGGAAUCAUAUUAUAUGCACUACCUGAGUAUAGUUGCACAUAACAUCAUAUAUCCUAUGAAGACAGUUGGAUUCAGUGUAUGAAUGUGCCUUUCCUGGCAUGAAAUAAAAAAGAUGUUCACAGUC